AUGGUGCAGGGGGAACAACACUUCGAGAUUUCCAAGCUGAUGGCUGCUUUCCCCUCUACCUCACCCUGCACUUCUCUAGAAGCAAAAGAGGCCAAGCUCUGCUGUUCACCCUCUGAGCCAGAGGAUGACGAUGAGUCUUGUUGGAGCAGCCUGGAGAACUUCCGGGUGAAGUUGAUUUCGGUGAUAGACCCUUCCAAGAUAACGCCUUAUCUCCGGCAGUGCCGAGUCAUAAAUCAUGAUGAUGAGGAGCAAAUCCUCAAUGACCCCAGCCUGGUGAUCCGGAAGAGAAAGACGGGGGUUCUCCUGGAUAUUCUUCAAAGGACAGGUCAAAAAGGUUUUGUGGCAUUCCUUGAGAGCCUGGAAUUGUACUACCCUCAUCUUUAUAAGAAAAUAACAGGCAAUGAGCCCAGCAGAGUCUUCUCUAUGAUUAUAGACACUGCUGGGGAGUCCAGCCUGACAGAGCUGUUGAUGAAAGAGAUUACCAAGCUCCAAGGCGCCGUCCACGAGGAGAGACGGGAUGUCCAGGAGCUCAGCGCGCUGCUGCACGCCAAGGAUGACCUCCUCAAGGAGAUGCGGGUGAAGGACAGCGUUCUGCGCAAGCACCAGGAAAGGGCUCACAAGAUGAAGGAGGAGAGAGACAACCUCAGCAAGGAGCUGAAGCAAUGCAAAGAUGAGAACUACAAGCUGGCCAUGAGCUACGCCAGGCAAAGCGAGGAGAAGAACGUGGCCCUGAUGAAGAACCGAGACCUGCAGCUGGAGGUCGACCUGCUGAGGCACAGCUUGCUGAAGGCCGAAGACAACUGCAAGCUGCAGCGGAAGCACACCCUGCGGUGGAAGCACGCCACAGAGCAGCGGCCCAGCCACGAGGCGGUGUGGGAGAUCCAGCGCGAGAAGGACCUGCUCUUGGCCAAGAACAAGGAGCUGGAGAGCACGCUGCAGGUCACCAAAACCAGCAGUGCUGGGAAAGAAAGUGGUUCCAGUGAGGCUCUGGAAGCUGAGCGGGCACGGAUGCUGGGGGAACACCGGGAGCUGGUCAACGCCAUCUAUGACUUACGCCAACUGCUUCGGGGGACGGAGGACACGCGGGACAAACUUAUAGAAGAGAAGGAAAUGCUGGAACUGAGGUGCGCAUCCUUGCAGAAUGACACCCGGAUCUACCAGGACCGUCUUGAGGCUGUCUUGAAACAGAUGGAAGAGGUAGCUGCGGAAAGGGAUCAGGCCCUCCUGACCCAAGAGGCCUUCCACAAGCAACACUGCAAGAACCUGAUGGACAAGGAUGGCUAUCGGAAGCAGAUCAGGGAUCUUGGGGAGAAAUGUGAUGAGCUGCAGCUGCAGCUGUUCCAGCAAGAGGGGCAGCUGCUCAGUGCUGUGGCCAGAAUGAAAAGGCUGCAUCUCGACCCUUUGGCGCUGACUUCAGACCUUGAAGAAACCUCAUCCAGAAGCUCCCAAGAUGAAGGAGGCCCUCUUGAGCAGGAGUUGGCCGAGAAAGGGCGCAGGCGAAUGAAAGACAGUUUUGAGCACUACCGGAGAAAGAGGGCGCUAAGGAGGGUGCCAAAGGGGAGGUACCAUGAAGUGGACUGGGAGAAUACGACGGGCAGUGACAAUACAGACACCGAGGGCUCCUGA